UGAGCCGAGAAUGGUAACUUGUGUCGGCACGGGAGCCCUCACAUCAGUGGCGUGCUUCAUGGAGUUAUGCGCCUCGCGUUGUCCUCUGAAUUGCCAUCAUGGAUUGCAAGACCCCAAUGCUUUAUCUUUUCGUCUUCACCCUUAUUUUCCGCGCCGAACUCAGCAUUUAUCCUUCCAAUGAAGUUAACCUGUUGGAUUCCAAAGCAAGCCAGGGGGAGCUGGGAUGGAUAUCAUAUCCAUCACAUGGGUGGGAGGAGAUCAGUGGGGUGGACGAGCACUACACUCCUAUCAGGACCUUCCAGGUGUGCAAUGUCAUGGAGUACAGCCAAAACAACUGGCUGAGGACCAAUUGGAUCCCUCGUAAUUCUGCCCAAAAGAUCUAUGUGGAACUCAAGUUCACUCUGAGAGACUGCAACAGUAUCCCUCUGGUGCUGGGGACCUGCAAAGAGACUUUCAAUUUGCACUACCUGGAGACUGAUGAAGACCAGGGCAGUAAGUUCCGGGAACACCAGUUCUCUAAAAUAGACACCAUCGCAGCUGAUGAGAGUUUCACUCAAAUGGACCUGGGUGAUCGCAUCCUUAAGCUCAACACAGAAGUGCGAGAGGUGGGUCCUAUGACCAAGAAAGGCUUUUACCUGGCCUUCCAGGAUGUGGGGGCCUGUGUAGCUCUGGUGUCAGUGCGGGUGUACUUUAAAAAGUGCCCUUUCACAGUGAGAAAUCUGGCCAUGUUCCCAGACACUGUGCCAAUGGACACUCAGUCAUUAGUAGAGGUGAGGGGCUCCUGCGUGAACAACUCCAAGGAAGAGGACCCACCAAAAAUGUACUGCAGCACAGAGGGAGAAUGGCUGGUGCCUAUUGGGAAAUGUCUGUGCAACACUGGUUAUGAGGAUCGAGGAGUCACCUGCCAAGCCUGCCGGCCUGGCUUUUAUAAGGCGUUGCCUGGAAAUGCCAAGUGUUCCAAGUGUCCCCCGCACAGUUACACACACCAGGAGGGCGCUGUGCACUGCAGGUGUGAGAAGAACUACUUCCGCGCAGAAGGAGACCCAAUCUCAAUGGCCUGCACACGUCCUCCCUCGGCCCCUCGAAACGUGAUCUCGGUCAUUAACGAGACGUCAGUGAUCCUGGACUGGAGCUGGCCAGCAGACACGGGUGGCCGGAAGGACACGACAUUUAACGUUGUGUGCAAGCGCUGCUCAACCGGAUCCAAGCGGUGUGAGCCCUGCAGAGGCACUGUGCGCUUCCUGCCGCGUGCCUCAGGCCUCACCAACACCACGGUGACCGUGGCAGACCUGUUGGCUCACACCAACUACACCUUUGAGAUCGAGGCGCAGAAUGGAGUCUCCUCUCUGGCCCCAGCACUGUGCCAGUACGCUGCUGUCACCAUAACUACCAAUCAAGCAGCUCCAUCCGCUGUCACGGUCAUCAGGAAGGACAGAACAUCCCGGAACAGCAUCUCACUAUCCUGGCUGGAGCCGGAAAGACCCAAUGGGAUCAUCCUGGACUACGAGGUCAAGUACUAUGAGAAGCAGGAACAAGAGACCAGCUACACCAUCCUCAGAUCCAAGGGCACGAAUGUAACUCUGAAUGGACUGAAACCUGACACCAGUUACCUGGUGCAGAUCAGAGCACGAACUGCCGCAGGAUACGGCAGCACCAGCCGCAAGUUUGAGUUUGAGACCAGCCCUGACUCUUUCUCGAUCUCCAGCGAGAACAGUCAGGUGGUGCUGAUUGCCAUCUCCUCUGCUGUGGCCAUCAUCCUCCUCACAGUGGUGCUCUACAUUGUGAUUGGCAGGUUGUGUGGCUAUAGCAAAUCCAAACAUCCAGAUGAAAAGCGACUUCACUUCGGCAAUGGCCAUUUGCGACUGCCCGGUAUCAGGACAUACGUGGAUCCUCAUACAUAUGAGGACCCCAGCCAAGCAGUGCAUGAAUUUGCCAAAGAGCUGGAUGCAUCUUGCAUUGCCAUUGACAAAGUAGUUGGUGCAGGUGAAUUUGGGGAGGUGUGCAGUGGUCGCCUCAGACUGCCAUCCAAGAAAGAGAUCUGUGUGGCAAUCAAGACACUGAAAGUGGGAUAUACAGAGAAGCAGCGGCGAGAUUUCCUGAGUGAGGCAAGCAUCAUGGGACAGUUCGACCACCCCAACAUCAUUAGGCUGGAGGGCGUGGUCACACGCAGUAAGCCUGUGAUGAUAGUGACAGAGUACAUGGAAAAUGGCUCUCUGGACGGCUUCCUGCGAAAACAUGAUGCUCAGUUCACAGUGAUUCAGCUGGUCGGUAUGCUGCGUGGUAUAGCGUCUGGUAUGAAGUACCUUUCAGACAUGGGAUACGUGCACAGAGACCUGGCUGCCCGUAACAUCUUGGUCAACAGCAACCUGGUGUGUAAAGUCUCAGAUUUUGGGCUGUCCAGAGUGCUUGAGGAUGACCCUGAGGCCGCCUACACAACAAGAGGUGGCAAGAUACCAAUCAGGUGGACCGCACCGGAGGCCAUAGCGUAUCGCAAAUUCACCUCAGCUAGCGACGUGUGGAGCUAUGGCAUUGUGCUCUGGGAGGUCAUGUCUUAUGGAGAGAGACCUUACUGGGAGAUGUCCAAUCAGGAUGUGAUCAAAGCGGUAGAUGAGGGCUACCGUCUUCCUCCACCCAUGGACUGCCCUGCCGCUCUGUACCAGCUAAUGCUGGACUGCUGGCAGAAGGACCGGAACAACCGGCCCAGGUUUGAGCAGAUCGUCAGCAUCCUGGACAAGCUCAUCCGUAACCCUAGCACUCUGAAGAUCACAGCCAACACUGCCUCCAGGCCGGUGAACCUGCUUCUGGACCGAAACAGCACAGACAUGGCUUCAUUCAGUACCAUGGGGGACUGGUUGGAGAGUGUGCGGACGCUGCCCUGUAAAGAGGCCUUUUCUGGGAUCAGCUACAGCUCAUGCGAUACGUUACCCAAGACCUCCGCAGAAAUCUGCCUGGCCGAGGUCAGGCCUGCAGCCACUUGUCCUGAGUGGGAGCUGUCCAUGGGGAUUACCACCCUUUAGACCUUACAGACUCUGGAUGGGACUUCAAGAAGGUUGGAGUAGCGAUCGUUGGACCUCAGAAGAAGGUUGUGAGCAGCAUCAAAGCACUUGAAACACACACUAAGAACGUCCCAGUUCCCGUGUAAAAAAAAAAAAAACGUAUAGUAAUAAAUAGGUUAAAAAGAGAGAGACAAGAAGUAAAGAAGGAAUGUUACACAGAGGAGACCACCGCUGCUUUUGGCUUUAAUAGAAAGGAAUCAUGUAUUAGGCAAAAUGAGGAAAUAGAAACUGCAAUGUUAAGAUGUCUGCGCAUAGCAGAGCAAUGUACCUGCAGAAUGGCUGUGUCUUCCCAGGGUCCACUCCUGUGCUCGGACAGAGAGAGUGCCUCCUGUACUAUUGAUGUGUUGCCUUAUGUAAAGAGAAAGGAGAAGCAUGGGUGUGGGACCCCUCUGCUGGCUUCAGGUCCUUGAGUACCUGAGUACUGGCUCAGGAUGUCUGUGUGCUGUCUCGGGCUCCUGCCACAUUACUGCUCACCAUGGCUCUCUAACACAGCAGAGCAUCAUAUGGAGAGCAGGGUGGUGCUGUCAUGAGCCAGGCCAGUCUCCCGCAAGCAGAUAAAACCGAACGCUCUUAUGACAGGGUAAAGCGCCCUUAGUGCAAACACUGCGAACGCAACGGCUCGUGUUUUUGGAAGAGAACUCAGGCUUAAGGCCUCUUCCAUCUCCACGCCUCACUGGUUUUUUGUGCUCACAGUAUUCCUGUUGAUUUCUGAACAACAUUCAGAGCUCACAAACAGAAAUAUUAUGAAAUAAUAUUUUAUCUUACUAUUUUUGGAACAUGGUCAGGCAUACAGGUAGAAUCUGUAUAUGUCCUGGUAGAUCAGUGUGAGAGUAGUUCAGAAGAUUCACACUCUAGAGACAUAUUGGAAGCAUUAGAUACAACAGGUUGGGUGAAGGACCUCGGUGGAGAGCAUAGCCUCUCAUUUCCUGCAGCUGAAGAUCCAAGGGUAAAAGUGCUUCAGGAACAAUGUCAGGAAAUGUAUCAUUAUUGAAAAAGCUCAGGAUGCACAGCCCAUGGUCAGUCUUCAAACGCAAAAUUAAACGGAGGGAAUACCAUGCAACCGACUACUUCAGACUAAUGCUCUGUGCCAUUUGACCAUGAUUUGUGCUUGUCUGCAAACUGAAACAGAGACCCUCACUAGAGGGAGAGGAUGCACAUGUCAUUAUAUUUAAAUAACUGGCAUUGGCAAUUUUUUUUUCAACAUUUCCAUAAUGCAUCUUGAUAAAGCUUAUCCAUAUGACGAAAUAAAAGGUUACCCAAUCAGACAGUGCUUUUCUCUAUAUUGCACCAUUUUAUAAAGGAAUAUCUUCGCUCUUCCUCUUCUUCCCUUCAAUAAGCCUGUAAAUGUUGCUGCUCUCUUAACUAUUAGCAUGUACAUAUGUAAACAGGGCCUGUAACAAGCAAUGAUGAAUCUAGCGGUAUUGUCGAUUAUCUGGCCAUCCCUUUGUACAAAUGUUUGUAUGUAUAAAAGAAUGAAAGAAAAAUCUGUGCAAACUUUAAAAGAGCAAAAACUCUUUUGUAUUAUAUUUUAUGUUAUUUUGUAUCAUAUUUGUUUUUUACAUUAAAAAAACAACAGUAAUGACCUAUUUAUUUGAUAACAAACCGUAUAGCGUGCCAAUUUGAAUGUUUUUGUUUGUAGCAUAGUGUAAGUUAUGACAUGGUUAUGUGAUGGCAUUAUUAGUGUUUUGUAUUUUACUUUAGGAAACAUGACUUCUAAAGAGCAAUACUGUCUCCCCGUCCCCUGUCCAACUCUGUUUAGACUGGUGUGUGCGUGUGGGUGUGUGGGUGUGCAAAUGUAGAUGGCCUUGUCUACUAAUGUAAAAUGAUUUGUAGUGGAAACUUUAUAUUUUUAUAAUAAACUGUCUGAAAAUAUUUUCUAAAGAAUCAGUGCAGAGUGGAUUGCAUGUUAGUCGAGUUCUUUGACCGAUCUUCCUGUGUGUGCGUGUGUGUGUGUGAGAGAGAGAGAGAGAG